AUGACAAUCCUGUUCGGUCCUCGCUCCUUUGUGGGAACAUUCGGCCUUGUCGCCUCCUUCGUCUUUGUCGCAAUUUCGCAAGCUCACGGCCCAAUACAUCCCGUAGAGCCCAGCGGUCCACAACGUCUUGCUUGGGAGCAGCCAGAAGCUCCUAAGAACGAAGGCAGUAGCGGCAGCGAACAAGGCUCUUACCAAGGCAGUGAAGAGGGCUUUAGUGAAGGCACUGUUCCUCCUCCUCGUUGGCAUGGUGAAACAUUCUUCAUUCCCGGAAUGCCUAGUGGCUCAGUCCUUUUAAAGGACGAAGAAGAGGAAGAGGAAACCACGGAAGCCACACAAGAACCAGUUCCAACGCGUACAAGAGACACGCAGAAUAUCCAGAGUUCAGGAAGAGGAGCUGCGCCAAUCGGAGGCAUGCGGCUGCCCUACUCACAGGCUCCUCUGGAGCUGCCUAGGCACUGGAGAUCACACAGAAGAGGGCUCAAGCACGCGCAUCACUCAAGCUGGACUGCCUCUCAAGACCUUUCGAAUGAACAGGUCGCGGCGGGAUUACAUGCUGCAAUGCGUGCCUAUCAGCAAGCGCGGGACGCUGGGGAUCUCCCAGCAGGCAUUCCCAACCCUAAUAGAUUCCCAAGAGGCACGGGAACCCCGCAGGCAAAAGGCAUGAACAGAGGCGGCUCGCCGCAGCUCUUUCGCGCACUCCAGAGUGCCCAGUUCCCGCGGCGCACGGGAACGCCCCAGUUGAAGGCCACCACGAGGCGAGGCGCUACACCUCUUGUCCUCCCAGGAAGCCAAGUUCCCCCGUUUACAGGAAGUAUGGAGAUGACCCGGGGGAGAAACACUCACAGAGAAGAAUCUCCCCAAGUUUCUGGAGACCCCCAGAACACUCGACUCCUGCCUGGUUCCCCAGCGCUCCACCUCAGACUCGAUGGCGUCAGAGAGGAGCCUCAUUGGCGCGUCAAAGCUGCGCAAGUCCCGAGAAGUACGGGCACCCCGCGCAUGACUCUCCACACUCAAGAAGACUCUCAAAAGCCAGUCCAUCUGCCUGAGGGACUGCAAGGCACAGGCACACCGCGGCUGAUUGCCAGCAGUUGCGACUAUCCACAUGUUCCUCAAACAACACAGACUCUGGGAGGAGUCGAAAUUCCCUGGCUGUUCGCUAGUGACACAGACGAAACCCCACAAAAUUACCAAGACCACCAGGUCUUGCGAGGAACGCCUCUGCAUAGAGGCCAUGUGAGAGGCAACCCUUCAAGAGUUGUUCACAGCGCUCAACCAAUGAGAAACCCUGGUGCUUCCUGGGCAAGAGGAAACAGAGGGGAGAACUCAUGGCGAAAUGCGCAGGCGAUGCAUACUUUACGAGGCACUGGGACACCUCAGCUUGCAAACCACAGCAGAGAAGGCUCCCCCACAAUCGUUCACGGCGUUGGUGGUCCUCUAUUUCCACAAAGCACGGGCACUCCCCGCUUGGGUGUUGAUGUUAAAUUCGGCGACUCGCAGCCAAACAGCCCAGCUGGAAUGAAUGAAGAAGAUUACACCAGCAACCUUUAUGAAUAUGAUGGAUUUUUUCCCACAAUAGAUGGUUCCAUGCCGCGAAAAGAAGAGGAAUUUUUCGGGCCGUAUUAUCCCUAUGCAGAAGUUCAGCGAUUUGUUGUUCCUCACGCCAUCACGAGCUGCACAUCUGACAGCCCCCAAGUCGUAUACGGACAGGCAUUUCACGGUCCCGCUAGUACUGACGAACGCUUCCAGCAUCAGAAGGAGCAGCAGCAUCUUCAGACCAGUGUUGACUGUCUUUCUGAGACUGGCCACACAAAAGAAGAAUCUCUUGCAUGCAGCUGGCUCAUUACUAUGGGGUCGUAUCAUAACUCGGGCAUUUGGCUGCAUCAAGCAAGCAAAACGCUAGAAACGACUCACCUGUGGAUGGGGAAAGAGAAUAUUCGCCAUGCGCUUCUCUACCAGGCAAUGCUACAAGAUGUGCUUUGCGGGCGUCAGGCAUCGCGAGCUAUGUCAACAGAGAGAAUUCGAGCAAAUUCUGAUACGCAGCAUUCAGAGGAAAUUUCGCUUGAUCCGUCUUUAAUAGCGGUUCAGGUAGCGAUGUCAGUUCUGUCAGAGGACGAUGUCGGUCACGUGCAACCUGCACAAACGGGAAGCUCUGCACAUGGUUUUGCCGAUGUUCCCGCAGCCAGCACAGUGGCUCAUGAAGAGGAUCCAGAAAAAAUGAAUGCGGCAACUUCUCUGUUGGCUUCUUCCUUGUCCCGCUCUCUUUGGCUGGAAGAUACGAAUUUCAGGGCCUCUUCAUCUCUUAUUGAUUCUUUUCCUGCUAUCUCGCAGCAUUCUGAACCGCCAGCUGCAGUGCAUAGCUGUUUUUCACCACAAUCUGAAAGCUACAACGCAGCACAGUUUGCGCUAAGCGGUGAAGGGCUCCAUGAAGGCUCAGCGGCAAGUGUUUUUUGUUCUUCUGAUGGUCACCACCCAGAAGACCUGAUGUUCAAUGCCGAGUUCGCCAUGAGCAGAGGUAUGAUCGGGUCUAUAGGCGAAUGGAGAUCAGCAGAAACCCAGGAAGAUGUUCAAGCACUCCCCUGGACCAAUGAUCCUGAGGCAAAUUUGUCUCACCGUGCUCAUAUUGCUUUGGGUAAACGUCACGGCCCAGCAGGGUCGCGAAACUUUGUAUCGGAGGAGCAGAAAGAUGCUACUGACGCUUUUUUUACCAGGACGCCUCUUAUCAAUGAGUCCGGGAAAUCCAUUCUCGAAUUACUGGGGAAAAUUCCGGAGCAGACCGAGUCAUCUCCAACAAGUGUAUUUUAUUGUGGCUCCACAGCGUCACCGGCCAAAAAUUCAGAUACAACGCUUAUCCAAGUGCACUGCAAUCCCAUGCGCGAUGAGCGCCACGAUAGCAUGAAUGCUUCGCACCACUCCCCGGAGUAUUCUUCCGUAAUAUCAAGAAGCAGAACAGAAAGCAUUCCGAUAAAUGAAAUGCCCUUAAGGAGAACUUCGUCAAACAUCAUAGCUUAA